AUGUUUAUUACUCGAGUGUGGAUUUUACUACUUUGCUACUCGCUAGUGUUUUUCCCAACCAACUCGGCGUCCACUGAACUGCUUAGCGAUUUAAUGUUGUUUCUUAAAAAGCAAGUGAAGUUAGCUCUUUUCGUGUGCUGGGACGAAGAUAAAAGCUUCAAAUUUCUCCGAAAAAUGCUUCAAGCGCCCCAAGUUCACUUCGUUCAACUGAAGAGUGUCGCGGUGGAAAAUAUUGCGAUUUUAGACACACCAGAGCCGCAUCAACAUCUGGCCGUUAUCGAUAUAAGCUGCCCGGGAAGUGGCAAGUUUUUGGCCGAAGCGCAGUAUAGAAUUUAUAACAAAAUUAGGUGGGUCCUUUGGAACGAAAAUGGCUACGAGAAAAAAACCAACGGAGGGGAUGAGCAAGAGGAUGUCAUAUUCCGAUCAGUAGCAGGAUUGCCGGUGACAGGACUUAGUGAAGUGUAUUAUUUUUCUGUGGAAAGGGGGGAAACAGUCAUAAAAGAUGUCUACAGAAGAUCUGUCAUGAUGGACCUGGAUAGCAGCGUGGUUGGAGUUUGGCGAAACGGAACAAUCGAAGACAAACGUUGGACGCAGUCAGUUGUAAUGAGAAGGCGAAAUCUUCAAAAGUUACCCAUAAAAACCAGUCUCGUUUACACAAUUAACUAUACGUUAAGUCAUUUUGGAGACUUUGAGAACACCGGAGUCGAUUCAAUACCUAGAACAUCAUAUUUAUUACUUGACACUUUAUUCACAUACUAUCUGAAUGCAACAAUGGAAAAACGAUUUGUAACAACUUGGGGUUACCCGGAUCACACUACCGGUAUAUGGAAUGGAAUGUCCGGUGAAUUGAUCUAUCACCAUUCCGAAGCCGCAGGGACAAUGCUGCGCAUCACGCAGAAUCGCCUGUUGAAAAUGGAAUAUGCGAAAAUGCCAAUUCCAUUGAGAAUAAAAUUUAUCUUCAAGGCACCUAACCUUUCGGAAACGAGUAACAUCUUUCAGAUGCCAUUCGAUUUCAGUGUUUGGAUGUGUACGCUAGCGCUAGUUGCUAUAACAGCGACAGUCUUUGCUGUGGUUCAUGGAGUACUAAUGCUUAGAAGAAAAAACUCGAUUAGAAAUCGAUACAUAGAAAUGCUAAAUGCAGCGUACGACAUAAUCCCAGUAGCAACGCAACAGGGUUCUCUACUGAAGCCCAAAUCUUUAGCCCAAAAAAUAAUGAUUUUUGUUAGUCUGGCGGGACUGAUGUUUAUUGAAGUUAGCUUCUCUGCAAAGAUAAUUUCCCUAAUUCAGGCACCAUCUAAGAAAAUCAAUUCAAUACGGAACCUUGUGGAAUCACGCCUCGAGCUUGGAACAGAUGGACAGCCCUACAACUUCUACUUUUCAAAAGCCUCCGACCCUGUCGGAAUCGAACUAUACAAACGGAUCACAAACCGGAAUGCUGAUACCCUGAAUGCGUACGACACAGAACAGGGCGUUCGAAAAUUACAAACAGAAUUAUUCGCAUAUCAUGGCUUUACCUCAACAUUGUACCAACAGAUCAGCAGAACAUUCAACGAUGUGGAAAAGUGCUACCUGAGAGAGCUGACAUUUUUCGACAGCAUCGGUUAUUUUUCCGUACAGCUAAACUUCACGCUACGUGAACAUUUCCACAUUGGCCUGAUGAAAAUGCUGGAAGCAGGUGUAGCUACCAGGCUGGUAAGCAGGAUGCUAAACGAGAAGCCAGGUUGCACCAAGGGAGUAAUGUUUCGGCCACUCGAUUUGGUUGAUACACGAUUUGCGAUGGAAAUUGCCGCCUUCGGAAUUCUGGAGGCCGUCUGUUUGCUGCUUGCUGAAAUUGUGCUGAGUAAGUAUACGCUUUUAAAACACCUGUGCAGGACUAUGUGGAAUAGGUUGCCAUAAGGGCUAUCAACUUGACUGUAGAUAACAAUAAAACUAGAA